AAUGUACGUUUCUGAUGCAAGCUUUGCAGACUGGUUAAAUACUGCUCAUAAAUCGCCACCUGUUCUUUCGCAACACAGUAUCGCUGUGUGGAGCUUGUCAGGGCAACUGCAUGUUCCGCUAUGUAGAGACAGAGCCUAGUUGUGUUUCGCGUCGAUUUAUCGUUGACCAACCAUGUCCUUCAUCAAGGGUUUUUUGUCGGGGACUGUAGCAUCGGUUACAUGUUACACGUUGUACUCAUUGUUAGAUGUCACGUCGAGAAAGUCAGAUGUACUCAGUCCUGUGGAUUCUGCUUUACUGGAGGAUGUGGCCAACUUGGAGAAGACUCGGGAGAUACUGAAGUAUGGGGUCCCAGACAGAGGUCCAGCCAUUCGUUCCUAUAGCGACCAUGUGCUAGCGUAUGACCAGGCCAAGAAGACCCCAAUAUGGGUUGCUGAGCACCUUCACCGAGGGAAGUUGACAGGUUCAGCCAAUCGGAAGAAGUCUCAGUUUCAACCGGAUCUGGACGUAGAGAGCAUGUUUUCCUCUACCAACGACGAUUAUCGCCACAGUGGCUGGUCCCGUGGUCACAUGGCGCCGGCUGGCAAUUACAAGUUUGACCAGAGAGCCAUGAGUGACACGUUUUACUUGACUAACAUCCUGCCUCAAGACCCAGACAACAAUGCCGGCUUCUGGAACCGAUUUGAGAUGUACUGUCGUGACCUCACCAAGAAGUUCAAGGACGUCCGCAUCUUAAGCGGUCCUGUGAUGCUACCGGAGUCAGAGGAAGAUGGGAAGCUGUAUGUCAACUAUGAAGUGAUUGGAAAGAACCAGGUUGCUGUGCCAACCCAUCUGUUCAAGGUCAUUGUUGCAGAAAAUGAUGAUUCGGAUAAGAAAUAUGUUGGAGCAUUUGUUGUUCCAAACAAACCAAUAUCAAGUCAUAAACUACAAGAUUUUGAAGUGAGUGUAGAUUAUUUGGAAAGAAAAACAGGUGUGAAAUAUUUACCCAAACUGGACAAAUCAAGGCAAUCAAGUUUAUGUGGAAAACAUGGCUGUGCCAUUAUGUCCAGUAGCGAGUUUGAGCUGGACAUGACAAGGAAGAGAAUAGAGAGGGCUUACAGUGUCCAUCAGCUGGAGAAGGCUUGGACAGAACUUCAGAACAAACGUGUACAACCAGAUGAGAAACUAGUUGCUCUUUACCAGAAUAGAAGAAAUGAACUUGUAGAAAAAGAGAAAUUAAAACGUGAAUUGUGACAUACUUGACUUGUUGUCAAGGAGAUUAUGUUAUGGGUGUUUGUCCAUUUGAUAAAUCAGCCCCAUGCAGAUAGUUUCAGGUUUGUGCCGUUGUUAUGCCAGGUUUCAGAAAGUAUAGUUUACUCCACUUUUAUCAA